AUGCGUCGCGUCGUCGUGACGGGUCUGGGCGCAGUCACUCCCCUCGGCGUCGGUCUACGGCGGACAUGGAAACGUCUACUAGACGGUCACUGUGGGAUCGUCAAUGUAGUCUCGCGCGAUGAGCGCUUUCGAGAGGUCCCCUCGCAGAUUGCAGCUGUUGUGCCGCAGGGGAAGAAGGACGAGGGAGGGUGGGAUGCUUUUGAGUGGUUGAAUCGUAGGGAAGAACGUGUAAUGGCCAAGUUUGCGCAAUAUGCCAUGGCCGCCUCGGAAGAGGCUCUUGAAGAUGCCGGUUGGAAGCCGACGGCUUUUGAGCAGAGAGAAGCUACGGGAGUCUGCCUUGGCUCGGGUAUUGGCAAUUUCGAAGAGAUGUUCGAUACGGUGGUUAACUAUGAACAAGGGGGCUACAGGAAAAUCAACCCUCUGUUCGUCCCAAGACUAUUGAUCAACCUUGGCGCCGGGCAUAUCUCCAUGAGAUAUGGCUUCAUGGGCCCCAAUCACGCCGCAACAACGGCUUGUACGACGGGUGCCCAUUCCAUCGGCGAUGCAGGACGGUUCAUUGCCUGCGGCGACGCCGAUGUCAUGGUUGCUGGCGGCGGCGAGUCCUGCAUCCAUCCCCUGGCUAUUGGCGGGUUUGCUCGGGCUCGCAGUCUUGCUACGGAUUUCAACGAUAAUCCCGAGAAAGCGUCGAGGCCGUUUGAUGCAGACCGUAAGGGUUUCGUCGUUGGCGAAGGUGCUGCCAUGAUGGUUCUAGAGGAACUGGAACAUGCUCGCGCUCGAGGCGCCCAUAUAUACGCCGAACUGAAAGGCUACGGCUGCUCUGCGGAUGCGCACCACAUGACGGCCCCGAAAGAAAACGGCGUUGGAGCGUACAUGGCCAUGAAAAAGGCGCUCAAGCAAGCCCAAUUGAAGCCCAGCGCGGUAGACUAUGUCAAUGCACACGCAACCUCAACUAUCAUCGGCGAUGCUGCCGAGAAUGCCGCUAUCAAGGCCCUCCUCCUCGGACCCGAGGGCAAGCAAAAAGCCGCAGAUGUAAAUGUCAGCAGCACCAAGGGCGCUGUGGGACACUUGCUCGGCGGUGCUGGAGCGGUGGAAGCCGUGUUCAGUGUGAUGGCUAUUCAAGAUAAUGUUAUGCCACCUACUAUCAACUUGGACCGGUUGGCUGAUGAAUUUGACUGCAACUAUGCACCGAAUGAACCGCAGUCGAGGAAGAUUGAUGUUGCCUUGACGAACAGCUUUGGCUUUGGAGGGACGAAUAGUAGCCUUUGCUUUGCUAGACUUGAACAAUAA